AGAGCGCCCCAAUAGAUAUAUACAGCUUUCUACAUGGUCUGCUGUUCCGGGAGAGCUCCCAUUCACGGGGACUUGGGCCAAGGAUAAACACCUGAUGCAGAUGAAUGCUUCAUAAGGUACACAGACAUCAGUGAGGGACUGGAGCAGAACCGGACAGUGACUGUGCUGCAGCCUCAGGAGUACCAUGCUGCCCCGCUGUGCACUUAGUGUGUGUCAUGUGCUUAUGUUGGUGCUGUGUCUGUCUUCGGCUGAGGACUUCGACUGGACAAAGAACGACCACGGCUCCUUCUAUUAUGGCACUUUUCCAGCUGGAUUUUCGUGGGGUGCCGGCAGUUCAGCGUAUCAAACAGAAGGAGCCUGGGACAAAGAUGGAAAAGGACUGAGCAUCUGGGACGUGUUCAGUCAUAAGAAAGGCAAAAUCCUACAAAAUGACACUGGUGAUUCCUCCUGUGAGGGCUACCAUAAAGUCAGGGAUGAUGUUACUUUAAUGAAGGAGCUGAAACUUAACCACUAUCGCUUCUCCAUAUCCUGGCCUCGACUCAUCCCCACAGGCAUAAAGUCUGACCAUGUAAAUGAAAGGGGACUACAGUACUAUGAUGAACUGAUCGACCACCUGAUAGAGAGCAAGAUUACUCCCAUUGUGACUCUGUAUCACUGGGACCUUCCACAGGUCUUACAAGAGAAAUAUGGCGGAUGGCAAAAUAUAAGCAUGGUCAAUCACUUCAAUGAAUUUGCCAACCUGUGUUUUGAAAGAUUUGGCAACCGAGUCAAAUAUUGGAUCACUUUCAACAAUCCAUGGUCUGUAGCUGUUGAAGGCUAUGAGACAGGUGAGCAUGCUCCUGGGAUGAGGCUGAAAGGGACAGGGGCAUACAAAGCUGCCCAUCACAUUAUCAAGGCACAUGCUAGGGUUUGGCACACUUACGAUUCCCAGUGGAGGGCGAAACAAAAAGGUCUGGUUGGCAUCUCUCUAUCUGGGGACUGGGGAGAGCCUGUGGACCUCAGCAACCAGAAGGACAUAGAAGCAGCUGAGAGAUACGUUCAGUUCUACCUAGGCUGGUUUGCCACACCUGUGUUUCAUGGAGACUACCCUCAAGUGAUGAAAGACUUCAUUGGAAGGAAAAGUGUCCAACAGGGCCUGGGUACAUCUCGCCUGCCAUCAUUCUCUCCCCAAGAGAAGAGCUACAUCAAGGGCACCUGUGACUUCCUUGGCAUCGGUCACUUCACCACCCGCUACAUCACCCAAAAGAACAACCCAUCAGGUCGCAGCAGCAGCACCUACUUCUCAGACCGUGAUCUGGCUGAGCUGGUUGACCCACGAUGGCCCGAUCCAGGAUCUGAAUGGCUCUACUCUGUGCCUUGGGGUUUCAGACGCCUGCUCAAUUUUGUCAAGACUCAGUAUGGAAACCCAAUGGUUUAUGUGACUGAGAAUGGCGUGUCUGAGAAGAUGUUGUGUACAGAGCUGUGUGAUGAAUGGAGGAUACAGUAUUAUAAAGACUACAUCAAUGAGAUGCUGAAAGCUAUCAAAGACGGAGUCAACGUGAAGGGCUACACUGCCUGGUCCCUGCUGGACAAAUUUGAGUGGGAUGAGGGCUUCUCUGAGAGGUUUGGCUUGUAUUAUGUGGACUUCAGGAACAAAAAUAAGCCUCGCUAUCCCAAAGCUUCUGUUCAGUUUUACAAACGCAUCAUCAGCUCCAACGGAUUUCCCAAUCAGAGAGAGGUUGAGAACUGGAGGAGGAAAUCUGUUGAGUCCUGUUCUUCCAGCAACCAGCUCCUCGCUGCAGACCCUCUGACCAGCCACAUGGAGAUGGUAACUGAGAUCGUUGUUCCCACUGUGUGCACACUCUCCAUUCUGCUCAGCGCCAUCUUCCUCAUGUUCCUGCUGCGGAGGCGGAACUAGGGUGGAGCUCUGACAGUGUGCAUGUUUACAACACACAGACAUCAUCUCACUCAUGCACACAUGUAUUUUAAAUGCAUCAUCAUUUAAUCAACUGUGUGGAAAUAACAAUUAUUGCCUUUUUUGAUGUGCUUAAACAUUGAUUAAGCCUGUUCUAAUAAAUUUAGUAUCACAUGAGCAAACAGUGUGGAUAGCCCUGCAACAUGUUGGAUUUUCCUAUGAUUUAUUGCUGUGGAAUAAUACCAUUGCAAAAAGACCUUUUUGAUCUACUGUACUUUGUGUUUUCAUUAUGUUACAACUGAGAGAUUUUUGGCAAAAAGCCUCAGCAAAUUUAUUUCACCUGUGACACUGAACAGAGAAAAGUUCAUCAAAAUGUGAUAAUAAAGACUGGAAUGGAAAUCCUAUGACUGCGUCAACAACAAACAUACAAAAAAACUUGAAGUAAGUCAUUUUAGAUAUAUAACACAACUUAAGUAUAUGUACAGGCAACUUGACAGUGUUCAUUAAACAGUUAU